AUGUUUGAAAUCCAUGUUGCCGAUUCCAUCGCGAUUGAACUUGCAUUUAUCGCGGCGCUGGCUCUUUGCAUCAACACGCCGCUCGCUGCAGCCCACGGAUAUGUCCAAACUGUCAUUGUAGCUGACUUCGCGUAUCCAGGUUGGAAUCCCUUCAGUGAUCCAUUUACAAACCCAACACCAGAACGUGUUAUCCGCAAGAUACCAAGCGAUGGCCCUAUUACGGACGACCAAGAUCAAGAUCUUGCCUGUAAUAAGGGCGGUGAAAGCGGGGCAGCCCUCGUUGCUCAAGCCUCGGCGGGCAGUGUCGUUAAGUUUGAGUGGACAAACUGGCCAACAGAUCACUUAGGGCCAGUGUCCACCUACAUGACAUCUUGCGGAGACGAUUGUACCAAUUUUGACGUCAACGGGGCCAAUUGGUUUAAGAUCGAUGCGGACGGAUACAGUAAUGGUCAAUGGGCGUCUGCUAAACUAAUAUCCAACAACAACACAUGGACCAGCACAAUCCCUUCCGCUUUAGCGUCGGGACAAUACCUCAUGCGAAAUGAGAUCGUCGCUUUACAUUCCACCGGUGCACCUCAAUACUAUCCGAGCUGCACUCAAGUAGAAGUAAACGGUGGUGGAAGCGCGCUACCUUCUUCCGAUGAAACUGUGAAGAUCCCUGGCCUCUACAAUGGCGUUAGUUUCCCGGAUAUAUGGACACAAACGUUUGAUUCAUGGGCGCCUCCGGGCCCCACCGUCGUUUCAUUUGCGGACACCUCGGGUGAUCCAAAUAGCGCCAGUUCUGGCUCUUCUGGCUCCGGAAACAACCCAACAGGUUCGGCGGGUCAGCCUCAUAGUUCCGCAGGUUCGAAUUCUUCAGAAGCUGGUUCUAAUGCUUCGACAGGUCAAUGUCGACUGGUAGAUCUUACCGCGCAAAGUUACCUUGUCCGGCGUUCCUUAAUGGCUAGGCUCAAGAACUUCCCGACUGAUGUUUCAUUUAUUCUUCGUUCACUCAGGGGUCCACUUAUUUAAAGUCU